CAACCGAAAGAGCCUGAACCACAACAACCGAAAGAGCAACCGAAAGAGCCUGAACCACAACAACCGAAGGAGCAACCAAAAGAGCCUGAACCACAACAGCCGAAGGAGCAACCAAAAGAGCCUGAACCACAACAACCGAAGGAGCAACCGAAAGAGCCUGAGCCACAACAACCGAAGGAGCAACCUAAAGAGCCUGAGCCGCAACAACCGAAGGAGCAACCGAAAGAGCCUGAACCACAACAACCGAAAGAGCAACCGAAAGAGCCUGAACCACAACAACCGAAAGAGCAACCGAAAGAACCUGAGUCUGUAGCACCGAAAGAAGCACCAAAAGAUCCUGAGCCAAAAGUUCCUGAACCACCAAAGCAAACCUGCGCUUCUCCUGAUGAUCCUGGAUGCAAACCUCCAUCAGGAGUUACUCCGAAAGUUGAGACAUCUAUGCAAACAUCAAUAGAAACAUUAAUGCCAACUCCAGAUAAUGAUGAUGGUAAUAAUGGGAAUAAUGGAAAUAAUGAUGGGAAUAAUGAUGGGAAUAAUGGGAAUAAUGGGAAUAAUAAUGGGAAUAAUAAUGGGAAUAAUGAUGGGAAUAAUGAAAAGAAAAAAAAUAACAAUGAUGAUAAAGAAAAAAAGCCGAAGAAACAUAAAAUAACUACUUUUACAACAAUCACAACCACAGUUACAUUAUAUUAUGCCGGUUAUACCACAACAAUUACAACAACUAACUCUUUAGGAAAAACUACAACCUUCGCAGAAUACAUUCCUCCAUCCACUGUAAUUGUGGUAAAAACAAUGGUCUCACCAGUCACAAUUGAGGAUAACCUAUCGAGUACGACGAUAAGAUUACACGAAUUUAAUAGCCACAGCUUGUGGGGGGUUACAUUAAGUUUGAUUGUAGUCGUCGCAACUUUAGUUAUUAGUGUUUUCGCGUAA